GUCCUGGGACCAUUUGAAGAUGCUGCGCAGGCUUCUUGCCUUCUCUGCUCUGAGUCUUGUGGCCUGUGGCAGUCCUACCAUAGUUUCCCGAAAAGAGUGGGGAGCAAGUUCACUCACCUGCAGAGUCCCACUGAGCCUGCCUGUGCCCUACCUCAUCAUAGAGCAGGUUACCAGGAUGCAAUGCCAAGAUCAGACCUCCUGCAGCCAGGUUUUGCGGGUUCUACAGUCCUAUUAUGUCCACAACAAAGGCUGGUGUGAUGUGGCUUUCAACUUCCUGGUUGGGAAUGAUGGCAAGGUGUAUGAAGGUGUCGGUUGGCAUGUCCAAGGUUUGCACACUCAAGGCUACAAUAAUGUUUCCCUGGGCAUUGCCUUCUUUGGCAAUAAGAUAGGAAGCAGCCCCAGUCCUGCUGCUCUAUCAGCUACAGAGGACCUGAUCUUCUUUGCCAUCCUGAAUGGCUACCUGUCACCCAAGUACAUUCAGCCAUUUCUUUUAAAAGAAGAAACCUGUUUGGUUCCUCAACACUCAGAGAUACCCAAAAAAGCAUGCCCCAAUAUCAUACCACGUUCUGCUUGGGAAGCCAGAGAGACACAUUGCUCUCAGAUGAACCUUCCAGCCAAAUUUGUCAUCAUCAUCCACACUGCUGGAGAAAGCUGCAAUGAAUCUGCAGACUGCUUGGUUCGUGUGAGAGACACACAGUCCUUUCACAUGGACAAACAAGAUUUCUGUGAUAAUGCAUAUCACUUCCUAGUGGGUCAAGAUGGUGUAGUAUAUGAAGGAGUUGGCUGGACUACUGAAGGCUCUCACGCCUAUGGAUACAAUGAUAUUGCUCUUGGAAUUGCCUUUAUGGGAAACUUUGUAGAAAAGCCUCCAAAUGAAGCUUCACUGGAGGCAGCCCAGAGCCUGAUCCAGUGUGCUGUGGCCAUGGGGUACCUGGCCUCCAACUACCUGCUAAUGGGCCACAGUGAUGUGUCCAACAUCCUGUCCCCUGGACAAGCACUAUACAACAUCAUCAAGACAUGGCCUCACUUCAAGCACUGA